UUGCCACCAGAGUGCGUCGUUGCAGUGUGUCGGAUGUCGGCGCAAAUCGAAGCUGUAGUAAAACGGAAAGUCAUCGCAACACGUCAGUCUGACUGCGUGUUUGACCGCCAUCAAACAGUCGCAACUGCUGAAGUCCUAGCCAGCUCCGUCGAUCCCCCAGCCAAGAAGCGGAAGCUUGAUUCGUCGUCGCUGCCGGCGAGCAUCGAAAUGGCGAACAACGGCGCGGGCGCCUCCAAGGGGGCGAGCGACAUCGACGAGGGCCUCUACUCGCGUCAACUGUACGUGCUGGGUCACGAUGCAAUGCGCCGCAUGGCGUCCAGUGACGUUCUCAUCUCCGGCCUCGGCGGUCUCGGCGUCGAAGUUGCGAAAAACGUUAUCCUCGGCGGAGUGAAAAGUGUCACACUGCACGACGAAGCGAAAUGCACCACCAAUGACCUCUCGUCGCAAUUCUACAUCUCCGAAUCGGACGUGGGUCAAAACCGUGCGGAGGCCUGUCUGAAGAAGCUCUCCGAACUCAACACAUAUGUCCCGACCAAGGCGUACACCGGUGAGCUCUCCGAGGAAUUCCUGAGUGGAUUCCGUGUGGUUGUACUCACAGCGAGUUCCCUCGCUGAACAAUUGCGUAUCGCCGCGUUCACGCACGCCAAGAACAUUGCCCUGGUGAUUGCAGACACCCGAGGGCUGUUUGCUCAAGUUUUCUGUGAUUUCGGCCCGGCGUUCAGCGUCGUCGACGUGAACGGCGAGUCCACCGUGUCGGCCAUGAUCGCCGACAUCACCAACGAUAAAGAAUCCAUCGUCACCUGCAUCGAUGACGCGCGCCACGGCAUGGAGGACGGCGACUAUGUCACCUUCUCCGAGAUCAAGGGCAUGACUGAACUGAACAAUCAGCAGCCGAUGAAGAUCAAAGUCCCCGGGCCGUACACUUUCAGUAUUGGCGAUACUACUGCCUACGGGAAGUAUGAACGUGGCGGUAUUGCCCAACAGGUGAAAAUGCCGAAAGUCUUACCAUUUAAACCUCUGGCUGAGUCGAUUAGAGAACCAGAGUUCUUGAUCACUGAUUUUGCUAAGUUUGAGCAUCCUGCACAGUUGCACAUUGCUUUUAAUGCUUUGCAUAAGUAUCAGGAGAAGUUUAAUAGAUUACCGAAGCCUUGCUGUACUGAAGAUGCAGAGGAGUUCUUAGCCAUUGCUAAAUCAGUCGCUGCCAUUUGCAAUGACGCGUCAAUAAUGGGGUUGUUGGAGACUUUCGCGAAGGUUUCUUCUGGGGAUUUGAAUCCCAUGAAUGCGACCAUUGGUGGAAUUGUCGCGCAGGAAGUCAUAAAGGCUUGUUCGGGUAAAUUUCAUCCGGUUUUCCAAUGGUUGUACUUCGAUGCGAUCGAAUGUCUGCCGGAGGAUAAGGAGGAGAUCACUGAGGAAACUGCGGCGCCCAUUGGGUCGAGAUACGACGCACAGAUUGCUGUUUCCGGGAGAGAUUUCCAGAAAAAGCUUGGUGCAUUAAAGUACUUUGUGGUUGGCGCCGGUGCACUCGGCUGCGAAUUACUCAAGAAUUUCGCUAUGAUGGGAGUCGCUGGAGAAGGUGGACAACUUACUGUUACUGAUAUGGACCUCAUCGAGAAGAGUAACCUCACUAGACAGUUUUUGUUCAGGCCGCAUGAUGUACAACGUGCCAAAUCAGCAACUGCAGCGAAGGUUAUAAAAUCGAUGAACCCAUCAAUAAACAUAAUCGCCCAUGAGAACCGCGUUGGAACCGAAACCGAAGGCGUCUACGAUGACGAAUUCUUCGAAGCUGACGGCGUAGCCAACGCUUUGGACAACGUAGACGCACGUAUCUACAUGGACCGUCGCUGCGUGUACUACCGCAAACCCCUGCUGGAAUCAGGCACGCUCGGCACCAAAGGCAACACACAGGUAGUCGUCCCCCAUCUCACCGAAUCCUACAGCUCCUCACAAGACCCACCCGAGAAAUCCAUCCCCAUCUGCACGCUGAAAAACUUCCCCAAUGCCAUCGAGCAUACUCUCCAAUGGGCGCGUGAUACCUUCGAAGGGCUAUUCAAACAAUCCGCCGAGAACGCAUCUUUAUACCUUGCUGAUCCUGAAUUCGUCGAUCGUACACUAAAACUACCGGGCGUACAACCCGUGGAGAUUCUGGAAUCAGUUAAAGCGGCUCUUCUGGAUGACCGCCCGAUGAACAUGCAGGACUGUGUCACCUGGGCGCGUCUACACUUUGAAGAACAGUACAGUAAUCAGAUCAAGCAGUUGUUGUUCAACUUCCCACCGGAUCAACUCACUUCAACCGGGCAGUUGUUCUGGAGCGGGCCGAAGAGAUGUCCAUCACCGUUGAAAUUUGAUCCUAAUGUGACUCUACACAUGGAUUACAUCUUCACAGCUGCUAAUUUAAAAGCAGAAGUUUAUGGUAUCCCACAAAUUAGAGACAGGGAACAAAUUUUGGAAAUGGUUAACAAUGUAGAUGUCCCAGAAUUUGUUCCUAAAUCUGGUGUGAAGAUUGCUGUCACCGAUUCGCAAAUGGCGGUGCAGAAUGGCUCCGGUUGUGAUUUGGACCGUGUGGGUCUGCUUGCGGAAAGUCUACCCAAGGUAUCCACCCUCGCUGGGCUGAAAUUAACUCCGUUGGAAUUCGAAAAAGACGACGAUACUAACUUACAUAUUGAUUUUAUCGUCGCUACGUCGAAUCUACGCGCUGCAAACUAUCAAAUCCCGCCUGCGGAUCGCCACAAGUCGAAGUUAAUCGCUGGGAAAAUCAUCCCGGCGAUUGCUACCACUACUUCCGUUGUAGCUGGUCUUGUCGGGCUGGAGUUGUAUAAACUUGCACGCGGUGUACGUAAAAUGGAAACAUUUAAGAAUGGUUUCGUUAAUUUAGCUCUGCCGUUCUUUGGAUUCUCGGAACCAAUCGCCGCUCCGAAGUUGGAGUACUGCGGUAAGGAGUGGACCCUUUGGGAUCGUUUUGAAAUCCAGGGCGAGAUGACCCUUCAAGAGUUCCUUGAUUACUUCAAGGAUGAACACGGUUUGGAGAUUACGAUGUUGUCGCAGGGUGUCUGCAUGCUGUACUCGUUCUUCAUGGCGAAGGCCAAGGCGCAGGAACGUCUCGCGCUGCCCAUGUCCGAGGUGGUCAAGCGCGUGUCCAAGAAGAAGCUGGAGCCGCACGUGCGGGCGCUUGUGUUCGAGCUGUGCUGCAAUGAUGCCGAUGGUAAUGACGUUGAGGUGCCGUACGUCAAGUACAACCUGCCGUAGGCGCCCGCCUCUUCUCUCUGACCAGCAACACACACACAACACACAAACAAUAUAUACCCUCUUGGACCACACACGCUGAAGUGAGUGGUGCGCGUGCGCGACUAAAUUAAAGCGAUAUGAAAUAAAAAUUGUGAUCUUCUUGUUAACUCUAUGGAAAAAAAAAUGAUGAUGAAAAAUGAAUUGAAUUGUUUAUAAAUGUAGAAAGAUUAUUUUGUAUCGGCGCUGGGCAGAGGGGGACGGUGCGACACGACGACGACGGGUCAUUAGCAUUAGGCGGCUAAUUAUAUUCUACUGAGGUUAUUUAUAUAUCAAAAUAUUAAUAAUAAUCACACAUGUACUGCGACGAGAGAGUGAAAUGAAUUUACUAAUAAGAUUAAUAUCUAGCAUUUACGGAUAGCAGCGGAUGAUGUUUUUUUUUUGGGAUUAUGCGUGAGGAAUGAAGCGAGCGAUGAUUUUUGUUUUGUUCUCACUAACGCUGAAUUUAAGCAUGGCGACGAUUUACUUUUGGUGUCCGAGUUAGGGUAGCAUAAUGUUUAUUUUCUUAUUGAGUAUUUUCACGUGUGAAGUUUAUCAAACAUCAAUAAAUGCAGCUAAAUUUAUAUUCACAAAA